GUCCAUUCUCUCUUAAGCUCUUUCUCGACGCUUCAUCUCGACGCAGACAAGUAACAAUAUAUAUGUGAUCGCAUGGCGAGAUAUUUAAAUGUUUCGAUAAUCGAAGGAUACUUGAGGUAACUCGAAUCGGGAGUUUCCACGUCAAAUCAAAGUCGGUGUAAUAUCUCGCGCGAAUCGCCGAAUCGCCGUCGUGCGUUAUACGCGUCGUGAUUGGUGAGUGCGACCUUCAAAGCGGAGUCAAGUGUAAUCAACGACUAAACAAUACGUGUUUAACAAUAAGACAAUAUUGUAUUGCAUUUGUGCGCAAUCGACGAAAAUCGUACGAUGAGCGACGGUAUAGUCGGUGCAAUUGCAAUCAGUUUGUUCGGCGGCGAGAAGAAGCGUCGAAUCGGUAUGGAUGCCGGUUACACCGUUCUUAGUAGCGAUCUUGAAGCUUGCAGAAUGUUCGAUCAAUAUUCCUACAAGAGAAACGACAAUCUCGACUUGUCUUUGAACGUGCCACAGCAUCAUCAAAUAUCAUACCAUCACGAUAGCUACAAUAUGUCGGACCAGACGUUUCACACACCAAGCUUUGGUGACGAGGAUUUUGAUAUACCAACCAUUCAUCCUCCUUCGCAUCAGCAACAGCAACAUCAUCAACAACAUGAUUCUAUGCAAUCGUAUGCUCAGUCACAGAUAAUGCAAGGUAACGGUAUACAGCAAUCACCGGAUGGUCUGAGUCUGGAUACUGGUGGAUAUCAACAACAAUUGUAUUUGCAGCAAGAGCAUUCGAUGCAACCGAUCAAUGUUAGCUCGGCAUAUGGCAACUCUCAAAACUCGUAUGCGACAAUGAAUUCCCCGCGCCAACAACAACAACAACAACAACACAACGGCCAACAAUUGUUGAUGAUGCAACAGCAACAACAGCAGCAACAGGUUCAAAUGCAGCAUAUGCAAUAUAUGCAUUCUCAGCAACAGCAGCAAUUGCAACAGCAACAACAGCAACAAAUGCAAUACAGAAGUCCUACUGGAGGUAGCCCGACUACUAUACAAGCCAAUAAUAUCCCGGAGACGAAUAACAAUACCACGACCAGCGAAGACAGUGAUGAUAGCACCCCACAUUCUGGAAUGAUUGCUAUGGUCAAGCGUGAACCACCAUCGCCAGAAGCAGCUGACGUUGGAACGAAAAAUCAAAGGAAAACGAAGUCGCAGAAGAAAAAGAAGAAGAGAGACCCUAAUGAGCCACAAAAACCAGUGUCAGCAUACGCGCUUUUCUUCAGAGACACUCAAGCAGUGAUUAAGGGAAAGCAUCCAAAUGCUAGCUUUGGCGAAGUAUCGAAAAUCGUUGCGUCAAUGUGGGAUGCGUUAGACAUUGAACAUAAGAAUUAUUACAAAAAGAAAACCGAGGCAGCGAAGAAGGAAUAUUUGAAAGCUCUCGCAGCAUACAGAGCGUCUUUAGUUAGCAAAGGCGCAGGUGAAAGCGAACAAAAACAGCAAGCACAACAGUCACAACAAAUGCAAUAUAGCGGAUUUACAGGCUAUGCCAAUAAUAAUACGCCAGGAAAUGUAACAUAUCAGGUCUAUAGCCCUCAACAUCAACCUUCGUCGCCUCAACAACAACAUCAACAGCAGCAACAACAACAACAACAGCAGCAGCAACAAAUGGCUGUUAAUAAAAAAUCACCUCAUCAUUUAUCCAUGCAAGGAAAUCCUCAACAACAAGGUUUAAUGGGUAAUGUAAUGGCACCACCGCACAUGACACAACAACAGCAGCAACAUAUGCAACAACAGAUUUCACAACAACAAUAUAUGCAGGUACCUCAACAACAGCAAGUACAGCAAGUGCAAGUACAACAGCAACAACAACAACAACAAAUAAUACAUAUGAGUCCAUCUAGAGCAGAAUUCAUAAAAUCUGAUGAUUUAUCGAUAAAGUCUGAAACUUUAUCUAAUUCUUCAUCACCAGUAAAUCCUUCACAAGUAACUAUGACAGGACAAAGACCAUCACCUUGUAUACAUCAGGGAUGUCCCAAUCCCGCUAUAUCUAAUAAUGAAUGGGAAGAUGAAUACUGCAGCAACGAAUGUGUAGUCAGUCACUGCAGAGAUGUAUUUAACACGUGGGUAUCUUCAAAUCAAAAUUCUCAACAAAAUUAUUCUACAGUAAAAUAAGUGUUCUAUAAGAAACAAAUUGUAUCAACAACUUGAGGGCCUCAUAACUUAGUGGCCUGUUGUUAACCUGUAAAGUAAGAUAUUUAAAUGAAUGUAUAUAUAUAUAAGCUGGUGAAUGACAACUUUUUAAAGUGACUUUAAGACUAUUCGCGCAACAGUAGAAAUAUAGCACUAGAGAAGUUGAUGGAUAAUCUGAAAUAACAGUAUACAAAUGUGUAUAUUUAUCUGUGUCAGCGAGAAAG